ACCCCAGCAGGCAUUUAUCGAAGCAGUGUGCGUAGCAGCUUUGUAACGAACUUUAAAACAACGGUUUUUCUUUUAUCGUUCUAGAUGUAAUAACAAUUGUCUACGCAAAGUGAAGUUUUUGUGGCCGUUUUCUGCUUCAACAAGUUUGAGUUUAAUGAAAAAUCUGUACCACAUCCUCACCCGUUACAACAGCUUCGAAAAUGAAGACGAUGCGCCAGAAAACUCCCAUCAAGGUGUUCCCAAAGGCAACGCCACUGUCAAGUCGUGGAAAUUCUGGCAACAGGUUGCCAAGCGAUCCAGUCCAGGUUUACUGCCGCGUCCGUCCGUUACCCUGCGAAUCCGAUCUGUCCUGUCUGCGGGUGGCCGCUCACAAUAUGGUCGUCUUAACACCGCCUGAAAUCGCAAUCAACUAUAAGAUUUCAAAUCUAAAAGAAACCCAGUAUCUGUUCCGGCAUGUUUUCGAACCGGCUGCGACGCAGCACGAACUGUACUGUACCGUUGCGCAACCGCUGGUCGAAGCACUAAUCAGGGGGAAAAAUGGGUUACUGUUUACUUACGGUGUAACCGGUAGUGGCAAAACAUACACAAUGACCGGGGACACACAGCACCGGGGUAUAAUGCCACGAUGUUUAGAUGCCCUGUUUCGAACCAUCUCCGAUUAUCAAGCGAAAAAGUUCAUUUUUAAACCGGACCGAUUGAACGGGUUCGAUAUCCUGUCCGAUGCGGACGCAAUGCUAGAACGGCAGGCCGAGUUGCAUUCCAAGCUGCAUCGGGUAAAGCGGAAGGACACGGAUCCGGAGAUAGCUUCGAAAGCAUCCGUGGAACCGUCCGAGGUCGAUGGAAUCGAUGAGGACAAUAUUUAUUCGGUUUUUAUUACGUACGUUGAGGUGUACAACAAUAGCGUUUAUGAUCUGUUGGAGGAGACGACUAUUCAAAAAACGCUUCAGAGCAAAAUGGUGCGAGAAGAUGGUAAUCACAACAUGUUUGUGCACGGCGUUACUGAGGUCGAGGUGAAAACGAUGGAUGAGGCACUGGAAGUGUUUCUCAUUGGUCAAAAGAGGAAACGUGUGGGUCACACGAUUCUGAAUGCGGAAUCUAGUCGAUCGCAUUCGGUUUUCACUAUCCGAUUGGUACAGGCUCCCGUCGAUAAUCAGGGUGAACACGUGAUGCAGGAUCGGAAGGCAAUUACAAUUAGCCAGCUGUCGCUGGUGGAUCUAGCGGGCAGUGAGCGCACCAACCGGACGGGCAAUACCGGACAAAGGUUGCGAGAGGCCGGUAACAUUAAUAACAGUUUGAUGACAUUGAGGACUUGCUUGGAGAUUUUGCGGGAAAAUCAAAUGACGGGAAGUUCCAAAAAGGUGCCGUACCGUGACUCGAAAAUUACCCAUCUGUUCAAGAACUACUUCGAUGGGGAGGGUCAGGUGCGGAUGGUUGUGUGCGUUAAUCCGAGAGCGGAGGAUUAUGAUGAAACCGCGCAGGUGAUGAAAUUCGCCGAAAUGACCCAGGACGUUCAGAUCGCCCGCCCAACGCCGGUUAAGAUUGAUGUCGGUUUGACACCCGGACGUCGCAAGGCGAACGAAAUCUAUAAGAUGGCUUUGAAGGACCUGGAAAAGCGACACCAGGACGCAGUAGAUAAGAUAGAGAUUGAUCUGGGAUUGGUUUACAGCCUGGGGCCCAACUUCCCGGAGAUGAAGAUGGAUGGACCGGAAUCGCAGGAACUCCUGCAAGAACUUAUAAAACUGCUUGAGCUGCGCAUCGCCAAACGGAAAGCGCUCUGUGAAGAUUUCGAUGCAAGGCAGGAUAGGUUCCGAAUGAAUCUGUUGAAGCUAGAGCGAGAAAAUGUGGCAUUGAAGGCGGAAAAUACUUCCAUCAAGGGUGUCUUAAGCUACAACCAGCAGAAAACAAAAGAGCUGGAGAAGAAAAUUGUCCAUUUCGAGGGCCUGGUUAACGAAUCUAAUCAGCGCAAUCGGGCUUUAGAGGAACAGUUGCGGGAAAUGGAGCUACAGGUUAGCCAGAAAACACAGAAACUGAAUCAACUGAAAGUCGAAAGUGAACGCCAGGCGAAAAAGUACAGCUCAAAAAUGGCUGUCGAAUCGAAAAUGAGUCGAGAACUGGAAUUGAAACUGCAGGAACAGAAGAACAAAUUGAAGGAGGAAAUGCGAGAGAAGGAUGAACGGUUACGGUUGGUUUCGGAAAUAAUCAAAGGCGAUACACCACUGAAGAAGGUGGGUCGAUCGAACAGUGUGGAUGAACUUGCGACACCGGUUAGCAGCAGGCCAGCUGGACCGAUUAGAGCGAAUGGAGUUGCACCGAUGCCACGAUCAGCUAGGGGAGUUGCUGUGGCGAAUCCGCGCCACCGUCGUUCUCGGUCUACCGGAGAGCGCUGGCUAGAGCAUAGAGCGGCAAAUCCCGUUCCUUUGGGAACGAUAUUCCAGCCCUACUAUAGUGAUCGAAAGUCGGUCACUAAAUUGAGUGACGCCCGGGACGUCACGAACGCAAAGGCCUCCAAGUAUUGUUUGAUUUCGCAGGAAGCUGACACCGAGGGCGAAGUUGAGACAAAGAUCUUCAAGGGAGAUGUUAUUCCCACCACGGGGGGAGGAGCCCAGGUGAUCUUCAAUGACGUCGAAUGUCUGAAGCAACAUUCUCCCACGAAGUCACCUAAUAGACGCAAACGAACCAGCAGUUCCGCUCCUGUCGCGAGUGCCCCUCCGCUGACGGAAAUACAAACCACAAGCUCAAAGUGUAGUACGGCGAUUGAGGGCCAUGGCGGAAGCGGCGGUAAAAAACCCAAACAUUGAUUUAUUCUGAUUUAAAAUGACUCAAAACACAAUCCAUGUAAAUAGUUCUUACAAAAUCAUUUAUUUUUUAGUUUUGUCUCUAAUCAGUAACAAGAAAGCAAGUUUUAAAAAUGAAAUAACAUGUCAUUCAACGAU